GCCCCUGAGUACACACUUGCUUGAGUUUGCCUCUUCUAAGUUCUAUCAAUGCACGAUCAAGCCUCCCAGCAACUAGUCACCUAUAAACGCUCUCCAGCCAAGCUGAUCGAUCCCAGGCUACCUGCAUGCUCUUUUUGCCAUGGGUGUGUUAUUAACGCUAAUAGCUACUCUGGCCAUGUUCCAGCCAUGCCUGCACUUCCUGCACGCCAACGCCUCGAACUCCACUGGAGGUGUGCAUCUAUGGUCCCAGCAAGCGGCACUCCUCCAGUGGAAGUCCACCCUACGGACCUCACCGUCGUCGCUGCUGGACUCAUGGCGGCCAGGGACCAGCCCGUGCGGCAGCAACUGGACAGGCGUUGUUUGCGAUGCCGUGCACCAUGGUCACCAUGCCAUGCCCCGGGCAGUGGUCCGCAUCGACCUGCCGAACGCUGGCAUCAACGGCCACCUCGGUGAGCUCAACUUCUCCGCGCUCCCGUUCCUCCAGUACAUCGACCUCAGCUACAACAACCUUCUUGGUGAGAUCCCACGGUCCAUCGCCUCCUUAGGUGAACUCUCCCACCUUGAUCUCACCGGCAACCGGCUCCAUGGACAGAUACCAUGGGAGGUGGGCAACAUGGGAAGCCUUAGCGUGUUGGAGCUUUCUCUGAACAACCUCACAGGAACCAUCCCUGCAUCCCUUGGCAACCUAACUAGGCUGGUUCAACUAAUCAUCCACCAAACCUUGCUCGCAGGGUCAAUUCCUGAGGAGCUUGGCAAGCUCACCAGCCUAGAGUAUUUACAGCUAAGUGGCGCCUUCUUGAGCGGCCGAAUACCGGAAAGCCUAGGCAACUUAACCAAACUAAGCCUCCUACGCCUUUACUAUAGCCAGCUAUCAGGUCCAAUUCCAUCUACUCUAGGUAAGCUUAUUCACUUGCAGAGUCUCCAGUUGAGCAGAAACCAGCUUGUUGGCCGUAUUGCACCGAGCUUUGGGAACCUUAGUAGCCUCUACGAGAUUUGGAUGUAUGAAAACAAGCUGGUGGGCUCAAUCCCAGCUGAGAUUGGUAGUUUGGUGGGCCUGCAAACAUUGCAUUUAGCCACUAAUUUAAUUUCAGGUUCAAUUCCUGAAACUCUCACCAACCUCACGGAUUUGAAUAUGUUUCAAAUCUUUAGUAACAAGUUGUCCGGUUCCCUACCUCUAGGAUUUUCAAAUCUUACAAAGCUGGCAGUACUCGAUCUUGCUAACAACUCUCUGUCGGGACAAUUGCCCUCUGGGUUUUGCAGUCAGGGGAACCUCAAACAAUUCACUGUUUCUGUAAACAUGUUCACUGGCCCUAUUCCUAGAGACAUCGAGACUUGCAGGAGCCUGCUUAUACUUGACAUGGCAUCAAACCAAAUAUCAGGAGACAUAGCAAGUUUGGGGCCAUACCCACACCUUUGGUUUGCAAACCUAGAGAGGAACAAACUUCAUGGCCAUUUAUCUAAAUCCUGGGCUUCAAGCAUCAAUUUGACCAUCUUAGAUAUGGCAAGCAACAUGAUAACUGGAAGUUUGCCGCCUGAGUUAUCAAGACUAGUAAAACUGGAGGAACUUCUACUCCACAAUAACAACAUGACUGGCAACAUACCACCAGAAUUAGGCAACCUAACCCACCUGUACAGUCUGAGCUUGUCACAAAACCAAUUUUCUGGUCAUAUACCACCAGAAUUUGGGCAGAUGAGAAGUUUGCAGUACCUUGAUGUAUAUAUGAAUAGGCUUACUGGGUCGAUACCACAAGAGCUUGGCAGUUGCACGGAGCUGCUAUUCUUGCGGAUCAACAACAAUGAUUUGACUGGAUAUUUGCCAACAACCCUUGGUAGUCUAUGGAAGCUGCAGAUUGCAUUGGAUGCCAGCAACAACAAACUCACAGGCGGGAUACCCGCACAGCUUGGGAACUUGGUGAUCUUGGAGCUCUUAAACCUCUCCCAUAACAAAUUCAAUGGGACCAUACCUUCAUCUUUCUCCAGCAUGGUUAGCUUGUCAAUCCUUGAUGUGUCAUACAACAACUUGGAAGGUCCUCUUCCAAGAGGACGAAUAUUUUCUAAUGCCUCAAUGGGAUGGUUCGUCCACAACAAGGGCCUUUGUGGUAAUCUCUCUGGCCUUCCAACAUGCUUUUCAUCUCCAUCUAUGGGUCGUGACAAUUUUAGGACUCAUGUCUUGGUUCCAGCCAUUAGCAUUCCUUUGUGCAUACUUAUGAUUUUCACAAUAGUUGGAGUUAUUGCGACUAUAUGUAGAAGAAAGAAACCACAAAAGAAAACGACAACAGAUACAAAAGAUGUGUUAUCAGUGUGGAAUUUUGAUGGGAAACUAGCAUUUGAGGAUAUCAUUAGAGCAACAGAAAAUUUCAGUGAGAGGUACGUUGUUGGGUCAGGCGGAUGUGGCACUGUCUACAAAGUCCAGCUACAAGGAGGGAGAUUGGUUGCAGUUAAAAAGCUUCAUGAAACUGGAGAGAGAUUCAUGAGUGAAAUCGAUGUGUUGACCAGGAUCAGGCAUCGAAGUAUUGUAAAGUUAUAUGGGUUUUGCUCGCAUUCAAAGUAUAAAUUUUUAGUGUAUGAUUAUAUUGAUAGAGGGAGCCUUCAUGCAUGCUUGGAAAAUGUGGAGAUCGCAAAGGAGCUGAACUGGGAGAGACGAGUUGCCAUUGCAAGAGACGUGGCUCAAGCUCUGUAUUACUUACACCAUGAAUGCACCCCGCCAAUAAUUCACCGAGACAUAACAAGUAACAAUAUCUUGCUUGACAAUGAUUUUAAGGCUUAUGUUUCAGACUUUGGCAUAGCAAAGAUCAUAAAGCCUGAUUCAUCAAAUUGGAGUGAACUAGCAGGAACAUAUGGUUAUAUAGCCCCAGAGCUUUCACACACACCAGUGGUGACAACGAAAUGUGAUGUCUACAGCUUUGGUGUGGUUCUGCUGGAGAUAGUGAUGGGGAGGUACCCUAGUGAGCUGCAGUCCCAUACUUCCCUACAAGGACAUCAUCACAAGCUUGCAAUGGAGACUUUGGACAAGCAUCCACCAUCGCCAACAUUGGUGGAGAGGGGAGAAAUUUCUCUGCUUGUCCAAGUAGCACUUGCAUGCCUGGAUCCUUCGCCUAUGUCUAGACCAGAAAUGCAGGAGGUUUAUCAGAAACUGAAAGACCACCAUUAUUGUUCUUUUACCACAUCUCCUUGUGACCUUACACUAGAAAGGCAAAAGGAUGGAGAAGUGUAAACUAGUGUUACACAUAUGAGAAACAAGAAGGAUUUCUGCUUUAUUUUCACAAUGAAAUAGAAUGGAUGGAAACAAUGAAA